ACCCCAAUCUUCUCCUUCCUUGUCGCCACCUCUAUUUCAUGCUCUUUUAUUUAUAUUUAUAUUUUUUUUAUAUAUACAUAUUUCUCUCUAUUAAGCAAGAAAUUGUUGAGAAGAUAUCUCUAAGUCACAAGAAAAGCAAAGAAGAAACGAAACCAACUCAACAAGAAAAUUUUCAUGGCAGUUGAAGCACGGCCUAUGAAUCUUCUACCUUCUCAUCAGUUCAUCAUCCCCAACGACAGAGAUUUCAUCAAACAGAAUCAAGAAUUAGCAAACACCCACAUGACACCUGUCACGGACACCACCACCCCAGGGAUAAUAUGGCCUUACACGGCCGUCAAACCAGCGGUUACACCGGAGACGACCCUCAAUAAUUUCGCCACUGUGUACGAUUGGGGAAAAGCAGAGAGUGGACUUACAUCCAAUAACUUCCCAUCAACCGCUCCCACCCGAAAGCGAACGAGAUCGCGAUCCUUUUACGAUGAACCCGGGGGGAGGUUGUUGGAUGAAGAAAUCAUAAACUCCCACAUUCAGCAACAACAGAGUGAAAUGGAUCGGUUCAUUGCAAUCCAUAGAGAGAAGAUGAGGAUUGAAAUGGAGAUGCGGAAGAAGAGGGAAUCGGGGAUGUUGGUAAGGGCAAUAGAGGAAAGAGUGGUAAAGAAGUUGAAGGAAAAAGAAGAAGAAAUAGAAAGAAUGGGGAAAUUGAAUUGGGUGUUGCAAGAGAGAGUGAAACGGCUGUGUGUGGAGAAUCAAGUAUGGAGGGAUUUGGCAGAGAGCAAUGAAGCGACGGUGAAUUGUUUAAGGAAUAAUUUGGAGCAGGUGAUAUUAAUGGCGGCAAAUAAGAACGUGGGAGGUGUGGCGGGGGCGAAGGAGAAGGAGGAGAAGGCGGAGUCAAGCUGUGGGAGUACAAGUGAGUGUGGAAGGAAGGAGGAGGAGGAGGAGGAGGCGGAGAGUGGUGGUGGAGGAGGGCGGUGCCGGAAGUGUGGGGCGGGGGAAUCGAGGGUGUUGGUGUUGCCAUGCAGGCAUCUUUGUUUGUGUACAAUGUGUGGGUCCACAAUUCACAGUUGCCCAGUAUGUAAUUCUGCCAUUAAUGCCAGCGUCCAUGUUAAUUUUUCUUGAAUUCAUACCCAACAACACAAACAAACAAACAUAAUUCUUUUCUUUUUUUGGUA